GUCGGCGAGGCCCCGCCUCCACCGCGCUGGCAUUGGUCGGCCCAAGGGAGGGGCGGGGAUUCGGCGAGGGGACCUUCACGCGGGCGGCGCGGGGUCGGCGCGUGCCCAGAGGGGAGUGACGCGGCACGUGACGUGGCAGAUGCACCUGCCGAGGGCCAUGCGGCUGGUGCGGUUCCGGGGGGCCGGGGGCAGCGAGACCCGGCUGGGGCUGGAAGAGGCGGCCGGGGGGAACGUGGUGGACCUGAGCACGGCGGAGCCGGCGCUGCCCCGCUCCAUGCGUGCCUUCCUGGAGAGCGGCCAGAGCGGCCUGGCCGCCGCGCAGAGGGCGCUGGAGUCGGGUCGGCACCGGCUGCCACGGGAGACUGUGAGGCUCCUGGCGCCAGUCGGGGACCCGGAGAAGGUGAUCUGCGUGGGGCUCAACUACCGUGACCACUGCCUGGAGCAGGACGUCAAGAUCCCCAAGGAGCCCAUCAUCUUCAGCAAGUUCCCCAGCGCCAUCAUCGGGCCCUUCGAUGACAUCGUGCACCCCGAGGAGAGCAGCGAGGUGGACUGGGAGGUGGAGCUGGCCGCCGUCAUCGGGAAGAAGGGGCGGCACAUCGAGGAGUCGUCGGCGCUGGAUCACAUCGUGGGCUUCAUGGUGGCCAACGACGUCAGCGCCCGGGACUGGCAGAUGAGGAGGAACGGGAGGCAGUGGCUGCUGGGGAAAACCUUCGACACCUUCUGUCCCCUGGGGCCGGCUCUGGUCACCAAGGAGGCGGUGGCAGACGUCCACAACCUGAGCAUCCGCUGCAGCGUCAACGGGCGGCUGAUGCAGGACAGCAGCACCAGCCAGCUCGUCUUCAGACUGCCCAAACUCAUCGCCUGGGUCUCCCGGUUCGUCACGCUGGUCCCUGGGGACAUCUUGCUGACGGGAACCCCUCCUGGCGUGGGGGUCUUUCGGAAGCCCCCCGUGUUUCUUAAGAGAGGCGACGUGGUGCAGUGUGAGAUCCAGGAGCUGGGCACCAUCCGCAACAAGGUGGUGUGACGACGGAGAUGCCAAAUUUCACCCCGAUUCGGCUGCCUUACCCCCCCCAUUCCCUCCCCCCCCCGCCGUGGGAUUCAAUAAAUCCACGAGCCGGG